UGAUUCACUGUAGAUGUUCCAGGUGUUUUUCUUUCCCUUCAAAGCGAAGGAUAAGAAAACGGCCUCGAGUCCUGACAUUGCUAAGUCUGCCCGAGGACGUUCUGUUUCAUGUUCUGAAGGGUCUUCCUGCCGAGGACAUCCUCUCCGUCAGAGCUGUGCACUCGCACCUUAAGUACCUUGUGGAUAAUCAUGCUAGUGUUUGGGCAUGUGCAAGUUUCCAAGAAAUAUGGCCUUCUCCAAACAAUCUGAAGAUGUUUGAAAGGGCUGCUGAAAGGGGUAACUUUGAAGCUGCUGUCAAGCUGGGGAUAGCGUACCUCUACAACGAAGGCUUGUCCAUCUCCGACGAGGGUCGUGCAGAAGUGAACGGAUUAAAGGCAUCUCACUUCUUCAGUCUGGCGGAGCGUUUGAAUGUGUGUGCAGCCCCGUUUAUCUGGCUUUUUAUCCGUCCUCCCUGGUCCUUGAGUGGAAGCUGUUGUAAAGCUGUGGUCUACGAGAGUCUCAAAGCAGAGUGUCAGUUGGAGAAAGCUCAGAAAGGAUCUAUUCUCCACUGCUUGGCUAAGGUCUUGAGUCUCUUUGAGGAUGAAGAAAAAAGAAAAGAAUCCCUUGAAAUGUUUGAAGAAUCUUCAAAGCAGGGUUGUUUAAACAGCUCCUACCUCCUUUGGGAAAGUAACAGAAAGGUUGCUAUGUCAGAUCCUGGCAGAUACCUCCAAAGUCUCAGGAAGCUACGAGACUACGCAGCAAAGGGCUGCUGGGAAGCACAGAUAGCGUUAGCCAAAGCCUGUGGGAACGGAAACCAACUGGGAUUAGAAGCAAAAUCUUCCAAUGAAAUGGUGUCUCAAAUCUUUCAAGCUUCCCUUCCUGUCAGCAAGCAAAGCAUCUUCACCGUGCAGAAAGGAAUGAAUGAAACAAUGAGGUACAUCCUGAUUGAUUGGCUGGUAGAAGUGGCUACCAUGAAAGACUUUUCUAGCCUAUGCCUUCACAUGACAGUGGGAUGCGUGGAUCGUUACUUGAAGCUCAGACCUGUACCACGGGCUCGACUCCAACUUUUGGGAAUAGCCUGCAUGGUCAUUUGCACACGUUUCAUCAGCAAAGAGAUCUUGACAAUACGGGAAGCUGUGUGGCUAACAGACAACACUUACAAAUACGAAGACUUGGUCAGAAUGAUGGGCGAGAUAAUUUCUGCCCUAGAAGGAAAGAUAAGGAUACCUACCAUUGUGGACUACAAAGAAGUAUUGUCAAACAUAGUCUCGCUGGAGAGGAGAACUCUUCACCUGUACAGCUUCAUUUGUGAACUGUCGCUCCUAAACACAAGCCUCUGUGUGUAUUCCCCGGCUCGGCUGGCUGCCGCAGCACUGCUCCUGGCUAAGCUACUGCACAGGCAAGCACACCCCUGGACCAGCCAGCUGUCCGAGUGCACUGGUUUCUCCCUUGAAGACCUGUUGCCCUGUGUGCUAAGUCUCCACCAAAAGUGUUUCCACGACGAUGUCCCAAAGGAUUAUAGGCAGGUGUCCUUAACUGCAGUGAAACAACGAUUUGAAGAUGAGCGUUAUGAAGAAAUAGGCAAAGAAAAGAUGAUGAGUUACAGCCAGCUCUGUUCAUUGUUGGGUGUGAAACAGGAGGACCCAGAGCCCAGUCCCUUGCACACGAAUGUGGUGGAAAUUCAGACUUUCCUUAGCUCUCCCUCUGGAAAGAGAACUAAAAGGAGGAGAGAAGACAGCAUUCAGGAUGACAGAGGCAGCUUUGUGACUACACCCACAGCAGAGCUAUCCACCCAGGAAGAAAGUCUUCUGGACAACUUCCUAGACUGGAGUUUAGAUUCCUGCUCUGGUUAUGAAGGUGAUCAGGAAAGUGAAGGCGAGAGAGAUGGAGACGUGACGGGUCCCAGUGGGAUCCUGGACGUGACAGUGGUCUAUAUGGAUCCCGCGGAGCACUGCUGUCAGGACUCCAGCGAUGAAGACAACCUAGCUGUAGAGUGGGCCGGGCACGCGGCACCGCUGAGGGAGGCUGAGCUGCUGGACGACACUCGCAGCCUCUCGGCACAUCUCACCCCAAGAAAUCCUACCCUGGAAGGGAGCUCAGGCUACUCUUCAGUCAACAGUGCCAGUCCUACAUCUUCUGUAGAAGGCAGCCUUGGAGUACCUCUCAAACCUACCUCAGCACUGCCUCUUGGCAGUGCCAUGAAGAAGGAGCCAUGCCUGCCUCGUUACUUGGAAUCGUGUUUACAGUCAGUCUGUCCUAGGCCUAGUGAUGGCAAGUGUGACAGACGGCAAGUCAAGCGAAAAAAUGUGGCAGAACACAGUGAAGAAAGGGUGAACUUGGGCUUCUUAAGCCUCUGA